CUCUUCUCUGCACCAUCCUCUCUUCUCCUCUCCUCUCCUCUCUCAUCCAUUUUACAAAUCCAACUAAAAAAGAAUCUCAAUCUUUUUUACUCUCUUUGAUUAUAUGAUUCAACGAAUCCAAUUACACCCAACCAGAAACAGCAACUCACAAAGAUAUAUAUAUUUCUUUAAAACGAUACAAAGAAACCAUUUCUUUUGUUAUUGACUUUAAAACAAAACUAAUCUACGAAUAAUAUUUAUCUUUCUUCUUCUUCUUCUUCUUCUUCUCCCAGAAAUUUGAAUCCUAAUCUCAAUUUGCAUCGUCUCUUCUGGCUAUUCUGUAUCGUUGGAUGAGGAGAAGAAGAAAGUGAGAAACUUUUGUGUGUGGAAGAAAUAGAGAGAGUUGUUUCAUGGGCAAUUCAUGCCGUGGUUCUUUCAAGGACAAAAUCUACGAGGGCAAUACUAAUAGGCCCGAGGAGAAUUCCAAAUCCGUCACCACUGUUUCCUCUGAUCAUUCUCCUACCGCUACAGAACAAGAUUUGUACAAAGAAGCUCAGAAACAGGACAACAAUAGCAACAAUCCAGGUCUUGUGAUUCCUGCUAAAGAACCAAUUAUGCGGCGUAACGUGGACAACCAAGCUUACUAUGUUCUUGGUCACAAGACUCCUAACAUCCGUGAUCUUUACACCUUGAGCCGUAAGCUAGGACAAGGACAAUUCGGGACGACGUAUCUGUGUACCGAUGUUUCCACGGGUGUUGAUUAUGCUUGUAAGUCUAUAUCCAAGAGGAAGUUGAUAUCUAAAGAAGAUGUUGAGGAUGUUAGGAGGGAGAUUCAGAUAAUGCACCAUUUAGCUGGUCACAAGAACAUUGUUACUAUUAAAGGAGCUUAUGAGGAUCCUUUGUAUGUUCACAUUGUUAUGGAGCUUUGUGCUGGUGGUGAGUUGUUUGAUAGGAUUAUUCAGAGAGGGCAUUACAGCGAGAGGAAAGCCGCGGAGCUGACCAAGAUCAUUGUCGGUGUUGUUGAGGCGUGUCAUUCGCUUGGUGUUAUGCAUAGAGACUUGAAGCCUGAGAAUUUCUUGUUGGUUAAUAAGGAUGAUGAUUUCUCUCUUAAGGCCAUUGAUUUUGGUCUCUCUGUUUUCUUCAAACCAGGCCAAAUAUUCAAAGAUGUUGUUGGAAGUCCAUACUAUGUUGCUCCUGAGGUUCUUCUUAAACAUUAUGGUCCAGAAGCUGAUGUGUGGACUGCUGGUGUCAUACUUUACAUUUUACUAAGUGGUGUCCCGCCUUUUUGGGCAGAAACACAGCAAGGAAUAUUUGAUGCUGUGUUGAAGGGAUAUAUCGACUUUGAUUCAGACCCAUGGCCCGUGAUAUCCGACAGUGCUAAAGAUCUGAUCCGGAAAAUGCUAUGCUCUAGUCCCUCUGAACGCUUGACUGCUCAUGAAGUCUUGCGCCAUCCAUGGAUCUGUGAGAACGGAGUUGCCCCGGAUAGAGCACUUGAUCCGGCUGUUUUGUCUCGUCUAAAACAAUUUUCUGCAAUGAAUAAAUUAAAAAAGAUGGCUUUAAAGGUGAUAGCUGAGAGCCUCUCAGAAGAAGAGAUUGCGGGUUUGAGAGCAAUGUUUGAGGCAAUGGAUACGGAUAACAGCGGUGCAAUCACUUUUGAUGAACUUAAAGCUGGCUUGAGAAGAUAUGGUUCAACCUUGAAAGACACCGAGAUCCGAGAUCUUAUGGAAGCGGCUGAUGUGGACAACAGUGGUACAAUAGAUUACAGCGAGUUUAUUGCAGCGACGAUCCAUCUGAAUAAACUCGAGAGAGAAGAGCAUCUUGUCUCUGCAUUUCAGUACUUUGACAAAGAUGGAAGUGGUUACAUUACCAUUGAUGAGCUGCAACAAUCUUGCAUUGAACAUGGGAUGACCGAUGUUUUUCUUGAAGACGUAAUCAAAGAAGUAGAUCAAGACAAUGACGGUCGGAUAGACUAUGAAGAAUUUGUUGCGAUGAUGCAAAAGGGAAAUGCUGGUGUCGGGAGAAGAACAAUGAAAAAUAGCCUAAACAUCAGCAUGAGAGAUGUGUAGGAAGAUAAGCACAAUGUCCUUAUAACCGUUUACUCGGUGAGGCUACAAAUGUUUCCAUGGAGCCAACAUUUGAAAUCUUUAAUCACAGAGAAAGGAGGAAGAGAAACCAGAUUCUUAGCUACAGGUGAACCAGCUAAAUCGUUGAAGGUUCGAGUUUAAAAAUGUUGAAAACUACUGUAUGAUUUUAAAAAUGGUGGAUGAACAAAAAGUGUUUCGUUCUGUUUCCAUUUUUCUCUCUGUUUUGUUUGUUUUGUUUGUUUUGUUUGUAACAAUUGGUAAAGUUUGGUGAGCUUUUUGUUUCAUCUCCCAUCGUUGAAAGCUUUUGACCCCUUUUGGGGUUUUUUUGAAAGAUCAAUCAUCUUUGCCAA